GGACGGGACCGCCCUCUGGGAGUUCCGGCCCGCGUCGCCGGUCUGGAACAUGGUGCCGCAGUACGGCAAGGACGGCGACACCGUCAUGUUCAGCGACUUCGAAGGUACCGCGUACUGCCUGGACAUCCAGACCGGAGCGCUGCAGUGGCAACACGACGGCGCCAUGGGCACCUACACCCAGUCCUUCGCCCUGUACCUCGCCGCGGCCGACCUGCUGUACACGAUGGGUCUGAAGAACGAGGGGUCAUACUCCUACGAGCACAAGAACUGCAACCCGUUUCCUGCACCUGGCAUACUGCCCGCGUGCGGAACUUGGCCGGGCUCCCCCGGCUGGGCCAAGGCGCUCAAUGCGAGCUCCGGCAGGACACGGUGGGAGCUGGACCUGGCGGAGCCGCCCGCGGCGGCCGGCCUCGGCGAGAUGCACCAGGGGGCCAGCAGAGGCACCCGGCUCAUCAUCGCCACCGGCCACAACUGCAUGUACGGCUCCAAGUCCCGCAUCUACGCCGUCGACCCCACCGUGGGCAACACCUACUGGGAGAAGGAUGGGCCGACACUUUGGACCAACCAGUGCGCGGGCGACUUCGAGGGCGCGGACAUCCGGAGGGCCAUGGGCGGCCGCGCGUCGUGCCACCCGAGCUCGUGGUCGAUGCCGGCGAUGGACACGAACGGCGACCUCUACGUCGGGAGCCAGGUUGGCGAGCUGCAGAGGUGGGGCACCGAGGACGGUACCCACGGCGCCAGGAAGAUUGAGUUGCUAUCCACCUUGACAACUGGGGUGGCAUUCCAGGACUUCGGAGGCCCUGGCGUUCGCCCCGGGCAUCAUGGCCGUUGCGACGUGCACGUCGCUCAUCGUCUUCAGCACGAGCGACGGCGAGUCCCGCAUCGGCUCCGACGACUGGGAGCUGAUGCCGUGGAGGCAGAACAGCAGCAGCGUGUACCUCUCUUCCCGCGGCAGCAGCCCGAGCUGAGUAGCCGCGCCCGGCGUAGCCCUCGGGCGGUUGCUGCUCGCCUCGGGGCCAUUCGCUGGCGACCUGGCCCGUUCCCGUUCGGAUCCGAUUCCGCGAGUCGAUCCAACUCCCGGCCUGCCAGGACCCGCGCAAGGCAGGCCGCGGCGCGAGGGCAUGGGAGUAACGGUGGCAUGGGACUCGCGCUGCAGCUCCUUGGCCGUGAAUUCAGCGUGCAGCAGUUGCGGCAUCAACUGCACGGGGACCUGGCUCUUCGCUGUUUGUGCCGAAGAUGCCUUUUUAAAGAACAGCUUGCUUUGGCGGUCAAGGCCUGUUGGGUCCACGGCUCAGCCGGUCCAGAGCCACCGUGGCUAGCGAACUGUUCUCCUGAACUUGCGGCGCUCCCGCUCUCUCACUCCUCUUCCCCCUCUUUCUUCGGGUACCCUCGUGUCCUGUGCCUCGCGACCCCACGCCUCCUACAUUCCGAUGUCGCGGGACCCUCGAACCGGUGAGUCCUUGGGCGACCGUCGGCCCCAGCCUUUCGGCGAGCUGGCCAUGGACGCCAAAUUUGGGGGCCUCGUCGUUUUGCCGGAUGGCCCCGGCGGCAGCGAAAAUGCAGCGCCGGCAUCUUAGGCCGCUCGUUGUGCCGCGCGCCAGGUCUUGUGUUUUCUCCUCCUCCUCCUCCUCCUCCCUUUCCUCUUCCCCUCUUCCCCUAAUUAGGUGAAUGUCCGCGGCGCCAGGCGUGCGUCCCAGGCUUAGCACAGCGGGGUUCGCGCAUCGAGCAA